AUACUUUAAUGUUGAAAAACUGUCGCAUCAGUUUCAACCAGUUGCAAUGAAAUGAAUCAAUUCACUCCAGUUCAACCGACUCCUGCUCACUUAAAAGAACCGAAUCAUAGAAUCGACUCGUUUCUGUGUUCGAGGCUAGAGGAUCUCUUUCUCCCAGAGUUAUCUAUCCCGGAUAAAUUGUUUAUUUCUGUGUUUAUAAUAAUGAGAGAAGAUGAUGAUGAGAUCUAUCACAGCUCUUCUGCUGUUCAGCUUUCUCCUGAUCGUGACUGGAGGUAAACACUCUCUGUUAUAUCUCUACACCAUGCAGUCUAAAAACUCUAGUAUCUACGACUGCACUGCUGAAACUCUGCUGAACUACACACAGAUAGAUUUCUACAACAGCAGCUCAGAUAAACCCAGAACUGCUAAACAGAACUGGCUGAAGAACAUUCCAGAAUCUGACUGGAACACCAUCACUGAGGAACUGCAGUACGACAGAGAACUGUUAAAUAAACUCCUCUACAUUCAGAUGAGUGAGUCUGGACACAAUCAGUCAGACGGUCAUGUUCUUCAGUGGAGGCACGGCUGUGAGGGUGAACAGAGUUCUGAUGGAUCUCUGACUGUAUUAAACAGUAUUAAUGAAUUCGGUUAUGAUGGAGAAGAUCUGAUUCAGUUUAACUGCACCUCCUGGAUAACCCCGGAGGAGGAGAAGAACAGAGAGAGGGAGGAGGAGAAGAACAGAGAGAGGGAGGAGGAGAAGAACAGAGAGAGGGAGGAGAAGUGGAGUAGAAUAUUUAAUGCUGUUAGGAAAUGUGAUCAGUGUUUGGAGAUACUGAAGAUGUAUUUAAAGUACAAAACUACUGACAUCACACAGAGUCACAGUGAGUAUCUGGAUGCUUUUUAUUAUUAUAGUUUUAUCACCAUUACUCUACUGUUCAAAGAGGAAUCUGAUUUAGAUUCCUUCUUCUUCUUCUUCUUACUAUUAUUAUUACUAAAAUAAGAUGAGAUAAAAUAAAAUAAUCCUUUAUUAAUUCUACAGUGGGGAAAAU